AUGACCUCAGCAUCCAAAGGAAUUCUCCGCCCAUUUUUAAUUGUCUGCAUUAUCCUGGCCUGCUUCAUGGUGUGUCUGUUCAUUUACAUCAAGCCCACCAACAGCUGGAUCUUCAGCCCGAUGGAGUCAGCCAGCUCAGUGCUGAAAAUGAAAAAUUUCUUCUCCACCAAAACUGGUGAUUUUAAUGAAACUACUAUUCUGAUUUGGGUGUGGCCAUUUGGGCAGACCUUUGACCUUACAUCUUGCCAAGCAAUGUUCAACAUCCAAGGAUGCCAUCUCACGACAGACCGUUCUCUGUACAACAAGUCUCACGCAGUUCUGAUCCACCACCGAGACAUCAGUUGGGAUCUGACCAAUUUACCUCAGCAGGCGAGGCCACCCUUCCAGAAAUGGAUUUGGAUGAAUUUGGAAUCACCGACUCACACACCACAGAAGAGUGGCAUAGAGCACCUAUUCAACCUGACGCUGACUUAUCGCCGCGACUCAGAUAUCCAAGUGCCUUAUGGUUUCUUGACCGUGAGCACAAACCCCUUCGUGUUUGAAGUGCCAAGCAAAGAGAAGUUAGUGUGCUGGGUUGUAAGUAACUGGAACCCUGAGCAUGCCAGGGUCAAGUAUUACAAUGAGCUAAGCAAAAGCAUUGAAAUCCAUACCUAUGGGCAAGCAUUUGGAGAAUACGUGACUGAUAAAAAUUUGAUUCCUACCAUAUCUACUUGCAAAUUUUAUCUUUCCUUUGAAAACUCAAUCCACAAAGAUUACAUCACAGAAAAGCUCUACAAUGCUUUUCUGGCUGGCUCUGUGCCUGUUGUUUUGGGGCCAUCUAGGGAAAACUAUGAGAAUUAUAUUCCAGCAGAUUCAUUCAUUCAUGUGGAAGAUUAUAACUCUCCCAGUGAGCUAGCUAAGUAUCUGAAGGAAGUAGACAAAAACAAUAAAUUAUACCUUAGUUACUUUAACUGGAGGAAAGAUUUCACAGUAAAUCUUCCUCGAUUUUGGGAAUCACAUGCAUGCUUGGCUUGUGACCAUGUGAAAAGGCAUCAAGAGUAUAAAUCCGUUGGUAAUUUAGAGAAAUGGUUUUGGAAUUAA